GCUGCCUACGGUAAAACCCUCGCCCUACCCUGCCUCCUCCUCUCUCAAUGUGACAUGCCUACGCCAAAACCCUCGCCUUGCCCUGCCUCUUCCUUUCUCAAUGUGACUAUGCUUGCUACAAGACCCUCGCCCUUCCCUAUCUCAUCCUCUCUCUCUCCGCCCAACAAAACCUUGCUCUUCAUCCUCCAACCUUUGCAAAACCACAACAAAACCAGGGUCUUUCUUGCCGCUGCACUCUCUCGCGCUCAAGAUUGUUGCACCCUCUUGCGCGCAAUACCGCUGAACCAGCAAGACUCAGGAGCUUUGAUGUUGGGUAUCACUGGUUCAAAUGGGAACUCGACUCAAGCCAGUGCCAUUUACUCAUGGAGCUUUGAUGUUGGGUACAAGUGGAAGAACUUGCAUUCUAUGCCAGUUGAUCCAAGGACAUUUGAAGUGAAAAAUGGAAGUUUUGGAAGGAGAAUAAAUGUAAUAUGCAAAACUCAUGCUGCACUUAUUUGGGGUACAGGCAUAGGAGCCAUAGCUACACUUUCCAUGCUUUUAGUGUGGAAUUUAUUCAUGACUAGGUAUAAGUCAUCGGCUGCGGAUUAUGGUGGGAAGAAGCCUGUCGAUUUGGGAUAUGAGAAGAUCGAAAAGGCAAGAGAGAAGGGUUGGUCAUUUGGUGUAGGUGGGAAGAUGGCAAGUUCAUCCACAAGCAAUACCAUGGCAUAUCCAGACAAGAUUUGUAGAAAUUGUGGCCACAAAUAUGAGAUAUACACAUCUAGAAGAGAACAUAAUCCAAACAGGAAGUACCUUAAGUGCAAAUCAUAUAAUUUAUAG